UACUGUGACCAUGCACCUCUCUGUCAGCGAGCAUCACCUCGUCAUGUUAAUGUUUGAUGCACUGAGAGAAAGUGAAAAGAUUUCACCCUGUGUCCACCUCACUGCCUCAGUGGUUUCUCUGUGGAGAACAUCGCCGCUUCCCUUCAUCUGCUGCUUUUAUCUGAUCAGCUGGCGUCUGAGGAAACCUUUACGUCUUGUUUGAUUCUUCUCUGUUUCUUGAAUUGUGAGAAGAAUCAUGGUGAGUUGGUUGAAGUGGCUGUGGUACCACAGGAACUUCAUCCUCAUUGUCGUCACUCCACUGGUUUUCCUUCCUCUGCCCCUCAUCUGCGCCACAUCAGAGGCGAAGUGUGGCUAUGUGAUCAUCCUCAUGGCUCUGUACUGGUGCACAGAAUGCAUGCCUCUGGCUGUGACCGCGCUGCUGCCAGUCGUUCUCUUUCCUAUGAUGGGCAUCAUGACAGCUGGAGCGGUCAGUAUCGAAUACCUGAGAGACUCUAACAUGCUGUUCAUUGGUGGCCUGUUGGUGGCCAUCGCGGUGGAGCACUGGAACCUGCACAAGCGAAUCUCUCUCCUGGUUUUGCUGCUGAUCGGCGUUCGUCCUUCACUGCUACUGAUAGGCUUCAUGUCCGUCUCAGCCUUCCUCUCCAUGUGGAUCAGCAACACGGCCACAACAGCCAUGAUGCUGCCCAUUGCCCACGCUGUGCUGCAGCAGCUGAAAGCCACCGAGGCCGAGGCGAAUGAACGAGAGUCUCCGGCUGCAGCUGUGGACUCGAGCAAACACAUGCAUGAGCUGACGGGACAAGCUGGUCAGGAAACGACAAAUGAGAAACAUCCAGACACCAAAAGUCAACUCGAGGACACUGAGUAUGAAGAGGAAGUAAAGUCCAGGAGACAAGCAAUUGAGGCAAAGUAUGAGCGUCUGACCAAAGGCAUCACUUUGAGCGUGUGUUACUCGGCCAACAUCGGAGGCACGGCCACACUCACCGGCACGACCCCUAAUCUCAUCCUCAAAGCUCAAAUGGAUGAGAUUUUCCCUGAAAACGGUGACGUGAUCAACUUUGCCAGCUGGUUUGGCUUUGCUUUUCCAAACAUGGUGCUCAUGCUGGUGUUGUCCUGGCUCUGGCUUCAAUUCAUGUUCCUGGGUUUCAACCUGAAAAAGUCAUUUGGCUGUGGCAUGAAGACAGACAGAGACAGGGAGGCGUACGUCGUGAUAAAGGAGGAGUACCUGAAGCUGGGGCGUGUGAAGUUUGCUGAGGGCGCGGUUCUCACCAUCUUCAUACUGCUGGUGAUCCUAUGGUUCACCAGGGAGCCGGGAUUCAUUGAUGGCUGGGCAACAGUGCUCUUCAACAAGGAACAGACGUUUGUGUCAGAUGGAACCGUCGCUAUCUUUGUCUCGCUCUUCUUCUUCGUCAUCCCCUCCCAGCUGCCAAGGAUUGGAGGCUAUGGUUACAACGACGCAGGUAAGAUGGUGAAGGCUCCGGAUGCUCUACUGAAGUGGCAGGUGGUUCACGAGCGAAUGCCCUGGAACAUCGUCCUGCUGGUGGGAGGAGGCGUCGCGCUGGCUGCUGGCAGCGAGAAAUCAGGUUUGUCCAAGUGGUUGGGAGACAAUUUGUCACCUCUGGAGGAAAUUCCUCCCGCUGCCAUCUCAUUGCUGCUCUCCAUGCUGGUAGCCGCGUUUACCGAGUGCGCCAGCAACACGGCCACCACCACUCUGUUCCUGCCCAUACUGGCCUCAAUGGCCACAGCUAUAAAGAUUCACCCUCUGUAUGUGAUGCUGCCCUGCACCAUCACUGCCUCUCUGGCCUUCAUGCUGCCUGUGGCCUCAGCGCCCAGCGCCAUCGCCUUCUCCUUUGGAAACCUCAAAGUCUUUGACAUGGUGAAAGCUGGCUUCAUGCUGAACAUCAUUGGAGUUUUGACCGUCACGUUAGCCGUCAACACGUGGGGAAACCUCAUGUUCAACAUGGACACCUUCCCUCAGUGGGCCAACAUUACACAUUAACAACCUCAAGUAAGAAAGGGACAAAAAAUUGACUUUUCAAUUCUUCAUUAUUUCAUGAAAAAAAGAAAGUUUUUCAUAUAAUAAAUAAAUAUAUAAAUAUCCAAACUAUCUGUAUGUUUUAAAGGUGUAAGAAAUGUAGAUUAAAGAAACAUAUUAAACUGAAAUACUGUCUUUACUGAUAACAGUGGUGCAACCACUUCAUUUUAUGUUAUAAAAUAAUAAUAAUAAUAAUAAUAAUAAUCUGUCUCUCUCUCUCUCUCUCAUAUAUUUUGUGGCUAUUUAAUUAAUACAUCAUGUUUUUAUGGUAUGGUGCUGUAGUAUAAUUUCUCAAUUGGAACACAUCCAGAGAAUGCAGGGGAUGUGUGCAGUUUUAAAACAAGAAAUAUUUAAGUGUGACCUAACGCUUACCUCAAAUUCAUGUUACUGGUCAAGCUUGUGUUUGUUCUACUAUUUCAUGUUGAUGGGAGGGCGCGCAGUCUUCUGGCUCUGAGAAUCAACUCACUGCAAUCAGGUGUGUGUGGCACUGAUUGGCGUAGAUUAAGCCCAGGUGUGGGGAGUGUUAUAUAUACACCCUGAGUCUGCAGUGCUCUGUGCUGACUCAUUGUCUCACCUUCAGAGGAAGUGAGAGGUUCUCCCUGUGAAUGAAAAAUGGGUUACAAAGUCUGUGUCUGGGAUCUCCCAAGAUUUUCAAAUCAAGUCAGAUUUGAAAAUCCUCCAGUGUGGGGAAGACUUUAUAAGACAAAAAAAAAAUAAUCAGGGAUUGUAAAGAAAAGAAGAGCUGUACCUGAAGUUUUACAAAAAAUAGAUAAAACUGAAUUGCCAGUUUUGAUUUCUUUACUUAUUACUCUUGUUUUGCACUGUAGUGAAUUUAUCGCACUGACUUUGUGACUUUCUAAAAAGUCAUUUGUAAACUUUCUUUUUUAGUUUUAUAGAGAAGGCGAAAUAAGCUUGUGAGUUGGCCGACACCUUUUGUGCCUGUUUUUUCUUUUUCAUUUAUCUUAAAUUUUCAUCCGUCAAUUAUUGUCAAUUUAUUGCUUCGGACAUUUAGUUGUAAACUCCUUGUACAUGUGGACUGAAAUGAACUAAACCUAAUGCUGUUCUUCACAAAGAGCACAAAUUAACGACAGCAAUGCACAAAUUAACGACAGCAAUGUGUUAACGAUUUUAUAUACAAAUGAAAAGUUUGGUUGAAGGAUAACUAAGAGAUAAGAAGCUACCAAUAAGACCAACUUGUAAUUCUAUUUCCGGGGUGAUUUAUUACCUCUGUUUUCAUCAGUGUGGGUUUAUGUGUCCUCCUGUCCACAGUUUGUGAUGGAUGAAUGUGAAAGUUUUUGUCAGCUCCCAUUCAAACUCUCUUAUCUCUUAUAAUGGACAACACUGUAAAAAUCUCUUUUAAAAAACCCAUUGGAUUUGAAGUAUAUUUGGUGUGUGCAUGCUGGAUUAGAAACUACACUCAGACUAUGUUUCAUCCAGAUGAUGUGAUCUGAGUUGGCAGCAAUGGUUCAGUCCCAUUUAACAUGUUCAAAUGUGCAUAUCUCAGUGACAUAUUAACAGAUCAGGGUGAGUUUGCCAUGCUUUUGUACGAAGGUAAUCGCUAAAAGCAGGUAAAUCUCUACACAGAUCCAGAAAGUCUGAAUUCAGUGAAUCAAAAUGGUGAUAAGAUAAGCCUUGGCAGAGAUCUGUGCUCAUGUUGAAUGUAAUAAACUGAAGAGUGUACAAGGA